AUGGACAGACUGCCGCUUAGGCCCCUUCGUAGCGGGACAGGAAUACAGUCUAUAGAGAGCACUGCUGGCAGCCUCGGCACGGCGGAAUCCCACCCGGAUGACCUCGGCCAGCAAAAUGAUCUAAAUGCCAAGUUGCUCUCGGAGAGAUGGAAGGAUGCUGUCAAACAAGCGAAGUCCAGGUUGACAGGGUUGGAUGAGAGUUACUGGAGAACAAUCCAGACUUUUGGGUCCCACGACGCCCUGGUAAAGGAUUUAGAGUUGCGGAAACUGGACACGGACGCGAACAAGCGAUCGCUCUAUUCCAAAGCCCGCUCCCAUGAUCUGGGGCUUGGUUUACUUGACCGUGACGACCCAGCCCGCCCGCUGACGGAAACAUCAGACACCUCAGGCUUCAGGGGAAUGGACCUGGAGUAUGAGAAGUCUAUGAGGCAUCUCAAAUCAUCCAUCAACACGCUCAAGGUGUUAUCUGAACUUGACCCCUCUUCUUACUCGGCUAUGCAACAGGCGAAGUUGGAGCGACAAAGAGCCAUGUUCUCAGCUCCGUCAUACGAUGACGAUCCCGUCGAAUACCCCGUCACGUUGCUCCCACAAGCCGUCACCAAUGCGGCAUUUUAUGGCCGAGAUGAGGUCUUGACUGGGAUUGAGAGCUUCUUCGAGGAGGACGCCAGCACCCCGUCCCUCCGAUCCGUUCUUCUCCAUGGGACCGGGGGCGUUGGCAAGACACAGACGGCGAUGAAUUUUGCCCACACGCGGCACAAGAAAUACGACAUCAUCCUGUGGGUCAGAAGCGAAACACCAUUGUCGCUAAGCGCAAGCAUGACUGAGAUCGCGAAAAGCCUCUCCUUUCCGGGAUCAGAGUCUCCUGGCAGUGACGAAAGCAAUUUGAUCAACUUCCACAAGUGGUUGAACAAGCGGGCAGUGAAAAAGAUGGGAUGCCGGUGGCUCGUGAUAUAUGAUAACGUUCAAGCAAUGGACGACAAUUUGAAGCGUUACAUUCCAACUACACAGGGCGACAUCAUUCUGACUAGCAGAAACCGCCGCGCGGCAUACCAGCAAACUAAGCUCAUCUCCAUGAAACCAUUCUCUGAUGAAAUGGGUGGCCAGCUGCUCCGGCAGCUCCUGAGGGCCCCGGAGACGCAGCUAGCAACAGAAGGCGAUAAAGAAGCCGCCACUUGUCUAGCUCGAAUGGUUGACGGAUUGCCGCUUGGAAUUCGACACAUGGCUGGCUUGAUGAACGAGAGGGAUGAACAGUCCGCGUCCGACUUUAUGAAGCUCUACACGGAAUACCCGAGAGAGUUGAUGAUGGAGGCCGCUCCCGCGGUUGAUUACGACAACGAUAUCGCGAGAUCGCCGGGCGGGGAACACCCCCUCGACCGUAUCUGGACUAUCAGCUUUGGCUCUCUUGCGGAUGCUAAGCGCACCCUCCUGGGCAUCGCAUCAUUCUUGAACCCGGACCAAAUUCAACAGUAUCUUUUCGGUCCAACCGCUCUCAAAGAAAAGCCGACAGGAAGCUCGAAUUUGUCCCUGGUACAUGAACGAAAGGUACCCUUCCCGCUGACCAUUGGCUAUAGGUUCGACAGCGCCAUCGUCGGCUUAGUCAAUGUUGCACUCGCCGACCGUAACUCUGAUCAUUUCUCAAUCCAUCGCCUUGUACAGGACGCCUUCCGAUAUUGGUGCAAAGAGGACGAAGCCUACAAGCAUUUCACUGCCGCAAUCCAUAUUGUGCACCAGUUCUUCCCACGCCAAGUCAACGGGCGCCCAAUGCACGAGUCCUGGGACAAAUGCCGGGACUUGAUCCAGCAUGGCCAAAUUCUAGCAGAGAGGUUUGAGGAAUUGCAAACAAGGUUCCCUGAACGGGAGGCCCCGGCCGAGUUGACAGAACUGCUGAAAAGCUGUGGCUGGUAUCUCUUUGAGAUGGCGGAUCACCCAACUACCCUCAAACUUUUAGACACAGCCAUCAAAGCCUGUCCUGACGAGCAGUCGGAAAUCUAUGCGCAUUUGCUCAACACCAUUGGCUGUUGCAGUUUUGAGCUGAGCGAUCUAGGACGUUGCCGCCAUGUGUGGAACAAGGCUCUCGCUAUCCGUGAGGCAUGGGCGAAGAAAAAAUCGCCCGGCGCCGAGGAAGAGUGGGCAAACCAGCUCAAUAACUACGGCAACCUUGAGUCAGCCGAAGGGAACUACGAGUCAGCACUGGAAUACUUUGCCAGGGCCAAGGAGAUACGCCUUCGACUCGGCAAAGACGCCAUUGUACCACUUGGAGUCACGCACAUGACAACCGGCCGCGCCCUGUUCUUGUUGGGAAAGUAUGAAGAGGCGAUCGCCGAGUACAAACGAGCGGAGGCCAUCUUUCUCGCCAAGUUUGGCAAGGAUGCACAUUUCAUGGCCCAGUAA